CUCUUUUCCCAAAAAAACAUCUAUACUUGCAACCGGCUCACCUCUCCAGCCCUCACAUUGAGAUCACUCCUGCUCUCCAGUACCUCAAGGCGACUCUCCACAAAACACGCUCCUGGAAUCCCUAGCUUCCGAGUGCUCUACAAACAAGACCUAGCAAAAAAACAUAUCACAACAGACCUUCAACUAAAAUGGCUGUCGAAUCAGUCCCCGUGCAGCCGCAGGCCGUAUCUCCUACUGAGAUGCACAUUGAGAAGGACGCUCUCAAGUCAGCCUCUGCCGCCGUAGAGGAGAAAAAAGAGGAUGAGGUCGAAGCUUUGCAGGAGCAAGUUGAAGCUGUCAACUUGGGGAAUGUGGAUGAUUUGCACGCUGCUUGUGUUGAGGGUAAACUUCAAGACGUUAGGGCAUUGCUGAGCAAGGGGACUGACCGAUUAGAGACUCUUGACGUCAACUCUGGGUGUACUCCUAUUGUGCUUGCUAUCCGAGGCAACCACCAUGACAUCGUCCGGGAGUUGCUUGCGGCAGGUGCUAUCAUCCCCCCUCCUGGACUUACCAACGACCCUCUCAUGCUUUCUAUCUUGUAUCCCCAGCCCGUGUAUGGCAUGCCUCCUCAAUUCAUGAGCAUCCCGCCGCAAGACUUUUACCCUCAGCCCAACUAUUUUCCCUCCCAGAAUGGUGAGACUCAGCGAUUCCCUCUCAGGAAGGAUUCUGCUUCCGCACCUAAUGGUGCACCCAACGGAAAUGGCAGUGCAAGCAACCUUCCUCCGGCCGAGGUGAGCAAGUCCAUCCCUUGCCGAAACUUCCCCAACUGCAAAUAUGGCAAUGCUUGCGUUUUUCUUCACCCUCGCCCCGCCCACUUUUAUCCGGGCCCUGGUCAGAAUGGCUUCGCUCCUCAAGGUUUCGAAGGCUAUCCGCCGUACCCUCCUGCGCCUGCACCUUAUUUUAUGCCUAAUGGAAACAACUUCCAGUCUUUCGCUCCCUCUGAUGCCCAGCCUCAAGUGUCUGACAGUGCGGAAGCUGGUGCUCAAGUUGACAGUGCUUCCAUUGCGGCUGUUCCUGCACCCACUGGCGCUGCUCCCGCGCCUAUCCCUGCCCCGCCCCACAUUCCUUCUGCCGUCGCUCCGGUUUUUGUUCCGGGAUAUCAGCCUGCUGAUAUGAUGGGUUCGCCCCCUCCUCCUCCUUUUGGGCUUUCCCCCAUGUCACCCUCCAUGCUCGGUUCUUCCCUUCCCUCUAUUCCUCCCGCUGAAGUGUUCUUUGCUACUUCUCCCACAAAUGGUUUCAUGCCACCUCCACCCAUGACUGGCCCUCAUGCUAGACGGCAGAGUUUUGGUCAAGGUCCUCAGUUCGGUGGCCAAGGCAAGCCUUUCGGACAUGGCAAGAAGCCUAGUUUCUCUGGUGGAAAGCCUUGGACAGGUAACCGACCUGCGGGUGGCAAGUUUGGCAACUGGAAGGACGGAAACCCCCCUCCUUGCGCUUUCUUCAGUCAGGGCAACUGCAGAAAUGGCGAGUUCUGCAAGUUCCCUCACCUUGACCCUGAUGGAAAUGACUGCCGACACCCGGAUGUUGUUCGAGGCGUCAUUCCUCCUCUCCCUCCUCUUUCUCGUCAGAACCGAAACAUGCGCGCGGUGGGUCCUGGGUUCGCUCCUUUCGACCCUGCAUUCAGGCAACAACAGUACCAGCAGCAGAUGCAAUUUUUGCAGCACCAGCGUAUGGCUGCUGCCCAAGCUCAGCAAAGUCAGGCUCCCGCUGAGCCCAACGACGAGGUCAAGCCAAUCGUUGAAGACGAAGCGCCUGCUACUGACGCCGAAAAACAAGCCACGGACUCUGUGCCUGCGGCUGCUACUAGUCCUGCGGUGACUGUGCUUCCUGCCAAGCCAGCUGUCACUAUGCCGACUCUUUUGCGUUCUGCCUCUCAACCGGGUGUCCAACGAGUGCAUGCCAAUGGCGUCCCAUCUCGUUCCCACUCUCCUGCCCCUUCUAACGUUUCGUUCCAUGGGAAUGGUCACCCCCGAAGGGCUGGUCGGGUGCCCAACGUCAACGGCGCUAGGUCCUCUUCGUCUGGGCCAGAAAAGAAGCCCGCUCAGAGGGUGCCCAAGCCUGACGAGUUCCCCGUGUUGGGCACUCCCACCAGUGAGAAAAAAGAGCCGGUUUGGGGAAUGUCUGGUAAAACUGCCGCUCAGGUCCUGCAAGCCCCCGCGCCUGUCAAGCCUGUCGUCAAAGUUUCACAACCCAUUGAGGAAGACGCCCAGAGCGUAACCAUGGAGUCGGAAAGUGAUUCUGACACUGUACUUGUCUCUCGCAAGCCGUCUGCCUCCGCUACCCCCGCUACCACUGCUUCACCUGAUCCCGAGCCCAAAAAGGCCGCUAUCAGCUUUGCGUCCAUUGCCGGCGCUGUCGCUGCCCCCUCGGUCGAGACAGCUCCUGUUGCUGUCAAGGCAUAAUUCAAUUCAACAAACAAAAGCGACUGUUGUCGCGCUGCCAAUCAACAGUAUCAUCUCCUUUCAGCCUCCAUUAGCAUAACCCGGGCUGCAUUUUUCUCAUCGCUCGUCGUGUACAUUUGUCAUCGCAUUACCAGAAAUUUACGUUGCCCUUGGAGGGACAUUAGAUUCGUUGCCUUAUUUUUCCUUUGCUUUUCCUUAUUAUUAUUUUCCUGCUACAUUUUAAGCUUUAUAUCACUCGUUUUAACAGCUUCUUUGGCGUGUAAAAACAUGUCUCUUUUUAUCCUUGUCAUAUCGGGCGGGAUCCAAAUUAGUCCUUUUUGCGUGCUACUUUUGGUCGGUCUCCAUUCUUUUUAUUUCUAUUUCUAUCUCUUCUGCCAGUCUUGUUCGUCAUCUGCCAUUCUAGUAAUCUUGUUCAUCGUUCUUUUUCGCGUAAGGGAAUCUGCGGUUAGUGGAUACUUGGCGUUUCACCUUUGUUUGGGUCCGAGGAUUGGCGUCUUGGCGGGAGGAGGGGUCGUUGCUGCUGCGGGGGAGUGUGGGUGACAUGUAUGAUUU